AAUUUUUUUUCAAUUCUUUCUUUUUCCGAUUGCGUGGGUGCUCCCAUGUCAGAGAGUCACUUUCACCAUACUAAGUCCAGGUCCAAUAGCGUCGCAGACAAGACAAUGGAUCGACUAAGGAACAGAGUUUUUCGUAGUCCCCAGAAGAAGGUCGUGAAGAUGUCUGGCAAGUUGCUCACCAAUUUCUUCCAAAAAUUCAGAAAGUUGCUUGUUUUGAAACCCCAAUCUGAUGAAUCUGAUGAUGACCCAGAAUAUUUCUUCACACCCAAGUCAUCCCCACCUUUCGAUUUUGGAGGAUCGUCGUGUUCUUCUGAAUUCAAAUCUGAAAACCCUACUUUCGUUUGUGAAAUCUGUACCGAGAGAAAGGAACUUGUGGAUUCAUUCAACGUGAAGGGUUGUGUCCAUUUUUACUGUAUAGAGUGCAUAGUUGGGUAUGUAACAGCGAAGCUUGAUGAUAACGUUUUGAGGAUUGGGUGCCCGGCGAUAGCAUGCGAAGGGGUUCUGGAACCGGAGUACUGCCGGCCGAUUCUCACCGACGAGCAGUUUAAUCGGUGGGGGAAUGCUCUGUGCGAGUCAGUGUUUAUUGGGUCGGAGAAAUUCUACUGUCCCUACCAUGAUUGCUCGGCGCUGUUGAUUAACGAUACCAACGGGGUAGUAAUUAGCGUUUCAACCUGUCCCUUCUGCAGCAGAAGGUUUUGCGUGCAGUGCAAGGUUGCUUGGCACUCUGGUAUUGAUUGCAAAAAGUUUCAGAAAUUGAAAAAACUGGGUGGGGAUGCUAUGCUGAAGGACCUCGCCCAGAGGAAGAAGUGGCAGCCGUGCCCCAAAUGCAAAUCCUAUGUGGAAAAGAAAGAUGGUUGCGAUUACAUCAAAUGCAGGUGUGAAUGUGCCUUCUGUUACAAAUGUGGAGCACAAUCAACUUCUACCAGUCAUGCUUGCUCUCGUUGCAAAUCAACUUAGAUGUUAAUUCUCGAUUAGAAUUAUAGUUUUCUUAACUUUUAGAGGUGACAUUAAUUACAGCAUGGGUGAGUUUUGUUUAUUUCUCUGUGAAUAGAAAUGGUGAUUUACAUUACUUGAUGGCACAGAUUAGGCUUUUGCCCAUGUCAGUUUAGGAAAAAAAAUGAAGUUCAAUUUCAGUG